UGACAACAGGUUACACACUCCCAGUUACAACGCCAAGGGCAGAUUAACUCACAGUGCUGAGGACAGGUUAUGCUUUCAGCUACACUGCCAAGGACAGGUUAUAUAUGAACAAGUGUAACAGGUCUUACAAUGGCGCAUAGCAGCGGGAAGCGUUUUAGUGCUGAUGAAUUUCUAAGUCGUAAUAAAGUACCAGAUGGGUGUCCUAUAAAUGGAAACAGAGAGCACAUCGGUGGUGAUGGGCUUCACUGGCAUCUGUAUAUUGGGUUGGUGCUCUUUCUGGCUACAAUGACUGCUGGCCAGACGACCAUCAACACAGAAAUCAGCGGUAAAGACUGUUUAGUGGACUACGUAAAGAGGAACGAGGCUUCACCAAAGUACCACUUCACAGACGGAGUCCUCCUCCUGGGUUUCCUACCAGUACGUCCCACAGACCAAGUUCUCAGCGGAAUUAAUAUCACUAUCUACAAAAAUAUCCACGAAGAAAUAUUAACCGUAACCCUUCCAGAUUACUAUCAUUUAAUCACAAAAUGCUAUAAGAGCAAAAAUUUCACUGAACAAAGCUUCAUUGGAAGUUUCGGAAGUAAAGCUGAUUUUGACUGGCAACAUUUUAUGCUGUCGGUCAAGAACCGAAGCUUCAUUAUCAACGGAAAGUAUCUGAUGUGCUCAAUGACACUAGUAAAUGACAAGUCUGUCUAUAUAGUGGUGACACCAACCCGAGAUCCCAUCUAUCUGGUACCCAACUGUCAGGAUGCAUGUCCCGUCUUCCGGAACUCCCUCUCAAUCAUGAAUGGAUUGUCAUCUGUGUCUGUAGCCAACAUGUCAGUGGAAGCUGGUACCAACAUGACCCACAUAGUUACCACCAACAACGGAAGUGAUCUGCUCCUAUCCAGCGUCACCUCCACAUGGCAACAGCUGUAUAUCAAAGUUAGUGGACGUUGUAGUUUGUUAUACGCUGCCAGACACAAUAUUGAACUCAUUUUCACAUUCGUUUUGUUAAACCAUCUAAGUAUAAUUAAAUUAUUUAUUUAGCAGUUUUAUAUUUAUUAGCCUGUUUUAAAUUUUUGAGCCUAUUUUAAAAUUUUUGAGAUUUUAAAUUUCUGAGCCUAUUUUUUUAGUAUGUUAAUAUUUAAGGAAGGACACAAUAAUAGUAUAUUUAAUGGUUAUAAUUAUAACCAUGAUUUUUAAAGGGUAAGCCAGUGGAAGGCCUCGGUCAGAUGACCAAAAGCUCCAGCUGCGGGUCAUCACAUGACUUAGACCCACGUCAGUACACACUUGUUCUGUUUCCUGACG